CUUUACCUUUUAACCGACGCUCCAUCUCAGGAAUACAAACCGAAAAAUCCCAAAUCGCAACAAGUUCUCCUCUCCGCCGUAAUCUACCGGAGGCUUUACCUUUCGUUGAUGGGCCAAUCAACAUCCGCCGCCGGCAAGAUCAUCCUUAAUGGACGGAGAACCAAAUUGUUAUCUUCCAAAUCUCCGAUUGAAACCGAGGUCUCACCGGACUACACGUCUUAUUUACCCGACGAGUGCUUAGCCUUAGUGUUUCAGUUUCUCAACUCCGAUAAUCGGAAAAGAUGUGCUCUCGUUUGCCGACGGUGGAUGAUCGUUGAAGGACGUAAUCGUCACCGUCUCUCUCUCCACGCUCGCUCAGCUCUGAUUACUUCGAUCCCUUCCCUCUUCUCUCGAUUCGAUUCCGUCGUGAAGCUUUCUCUAAAAUGCGACCGUAGAACCGUGAGUAUCAACGACGAGGCUUUAGCCAUGAUAUCUCUCCGGUGUCGUAAUCUGAAGAGGCUUAAGCUUAGAGCUUGCCGUGAGCUCACUUACAAAGGUAUGGCUACUUUCGCUGAGAACUGCAAAGGUUUGAACAUACUCUCUUGUGGAUCUUGCGAUUUCGGAGCUGAAGGCGUGAAGGCCGUGCUCGAUCACUGCUCCUCCCUCGAGGAGUUAUCCAUCAAGCGUCUCCGUAACUUCACCGACUUAAGUCAUGAGCCGAUCGGUCCAGGUCUUGCUGCUUCUUCUCUCAAGUCGAUUUGCUUGAAGGAGCUUUACAUUGGCGAAUGCUUUGGUCCUGUGAUCGCCGGGGCAAAGAAUCUCAGAUCUUUGAAGCUUUUCAGGUGCUCUGGUGACUGGGACAUGGUUCUUGAAGAGAUGGCGGUUAAGGAGCAUGGUAUAGUGGAGAUUCAUCUAGAGAGGAUGCAAGUCAGUGAUGUAGCUUUAGCUGCCAUCUCUAAUUGCUCGAGCCUCGAGAUUUUGCAUCUUGUGAAGACGCCUGAAUGUACUAAUGGUGGAUUAGCUGGAAUUGUUGAGAAGUGUAAGUGUUUAAGGAAGCUUCAUAUAGAUGGAUGGAAAGCGAAUUUGAUUGGAGACGAAGGGCUUGUUGCUGUGGCUAAGUUUUGUUCUAAGUUACAGGAGCUGGUUCUCAUUGGUGUGAAUCCGACAACGCUAAGUUUAGCAAUGUUGGCUGUAAAAUGUCAGAAUCUUGAAAGAUUAGCACUUUGUGGUUGUGAUACGUUUGGUGAUCCCGAGCUUUCUUGUAUUGCAGCGAAGUGUCCGAGUUUAAGGAAAUUAUGUAUCAAGAACUGUCCGAUUUCAGAUUUGGGGAUCGAGAAUCUUGCAAACGGUUGCCCUGGUUUAAUUAAAGUGAAAAUCAAGAAGUGUAGAGGAGUGAUGGGCGGUUGCGCAGACUGGUUAAGAACGGUCAGGCCUAUGCUUUCGGUGAACGCAGACACCGUAGAACCAGAAGGUCAUGAAGAAGGAAGCAAUGAUGCUGUUGAAGGAGGUUUGCAAGAGAACAGAAUCGAGUUCCCUAGUUUGAACAGCCAGAUUGUAGCACCAAGCCUUGCGUCAAGCACUAGAAGCCGGUCAGGGUAUUUCAAAUCACGAGUUGGAUUAUUCAGUGGAAUAAGUUUAGUAGCUUGCACUUUGAGACAACGUGAAAGCAGUUGAUUGGCUGUGCAAGAAAAUAAAGAUAAAUCAAGACUCCGUCCCAUGCAACUCCUUUGAUCCCAGGGUUGUUCUUCUGGUUGUGGAAGAAAACAAAGAGAGGGUCAGACAAAUGGGCUCAAAAAAAAAUUAUGCGACUCGUACAUGCAUUAAAAACAGUAGCAUAGAAACGUUGGAAACAUGAUUUCUAGUACGGGAAACAUGAUACGUGGAAACAUGAUUUCUAAAAAGUUAGGAAUAGAAACGUCGUAGAAGCGUUAUAAUAGUGCUGUUUGUUUGGCUCCUGCAGGUUCCUGUGGUUAUUCGUUUGGUUGUUGUUUAUUUUGCAGCUGCAGAUUCAGCUGCAGCUUGUUGUUCGUUUCGAAAAUGUAGGACAUUGCCGCUGCCCCUGCCGCAGAAAGUGGAUUUAGUUUUGUUCGUUUAGUUACCGCAAACGCAAUUUUCAUUUAUUUCAU